AUGUGUACAUAGAAUCGCAUUUGUCUAUUUCAAAAUAUGUCCAUAAUCACUGUUAAUUUAUUUUUAAAUGAAAUUUUAAUUUUAUAGUUUAUAACUGAGUUAUUUUAUUCUCAAAAGAUAAUAUUUUCGAUGUAAUUGAUAUAUUAGAGAUGAAAUAAAAAUCAAUAACCUUCGGUGCCGGUGUCACUACUGACACUGUAUAAAAUUUAAUGAUAGACUUGGUAAGAAAUACUAGUCUCAACAUGAGUACUAUGGAGUAUGUGCAAAUUAAAGAACUGAAGCCUGGUAUGAAGAACAUCAACGCCGUGUUUAUAGUACUAGAAGUGGGCCCGCCAACGUUGACGAAGGAAGCGCGCGAGGUUCGCACGCUACGUGUCGCAGACGCCACUGCCUCUGUGAAUCUGUCAGUCUGGGACGAGCCUGGUGCGCUGCUGCAGCCUGGUGAUAUCGUACGGCUCACGCGCGGCUACGCCUCACUCUGGCGUGCCGCGCUGACGCUUUAUUCUGGUAAAUCCGGUGACAUUCAGAAGGUUGGAGAAUUCUGCAUGUUGUUCAAUGAACAGGUGAAUAUGAGCGAGCCGCAGCCGACGCCGCCGCCGUCUGCAGCGGCUGGUAUGACCGCGCCAGCGUCGGAUCGCACCAAUGGCGCGCACACCGCGCCGCGCGUCCACCAGCCCCAGAAUCAGCCGUCCGGGCCUCCCUCUAGCGGCGUGCAGCAUCCGCCCAAGUCUGACCGUUUCCCCCCUAAUUCCCAGGACCACAACAAGCAUGCACACAAGACUUAUGUGCGGGGUCGGGGACACCAGCGUGGGAACAAUAGAAGAUAGCCAGGAGUAUUUUAGAGACUGAAUUUGUUAGUAUUGUGUUUAUUGAUGUAAAUAUUUAGGUGCUUUUUUGUAUACUUGGAUUGACAAGCGAGUGAUAGCCACCGGAUGGAAAGCAGUGGCUAUUAAGCAUACUUAACCCUAAUAUGGACUGUAUACUCUGCAUUUAGCUUCUUCAUUUGGGUCGUUGUGCACCU